AUGUCUAGUAUAGGUUCUCAAGUUCGUAAAGCUUCUCCCUCUGUGGACCCAAUUGUUACCGAUUACGCUGUUGGUUAUUUCAACCAUUUAUCAAAUGUCAUCCAUGAUGCUGUUCAAAGUAAACAGGUUGAUUUAGAACAUGAGAUUCAGUUUGUCACCGAUCUGUUGGUUAAUGCAGGUGCCAUCAAGGAUAAGAUUGAUGCUGUUUCCAAGGAGUUAUUGAAUAAUUUGUCUUUGGAAUUGAAAGAAAACCAGGCUAAAUUGGAAUUAACUGGUGAUACUUCCAAGAGAUUGUUAGAUAUUAAUGUGUUACAAAGUCAUAACAGUAAGGCCAAUAUCAACGCCUCUUUGAGUAUGUUAGGUGUUAAUGGUGAUAUUGAACAUGCCGGUAGAAAUAUGGAGACUAGAGUUGAUUUGAAGAAAUUAGCUAAAGCAGAACAAAAGAUUGCUAAGAAAGUUGCUAAAAGAAAUAACAAGUUUGUUAAAUAUGAAGCCUCUAAGCUUAUCGAUGAAAGAAAAGAAAGCGAUUACGACUCUUUCUUCUUGGAAAUCAAUCCAUUGGACUUUGGUUCAGGUGCUGGUAAAUCAAAAGAUAUUAAACUUGAUACUUUUGAUCUUUACGUUGGUGAUGGUCAAAGAAUCUUAUCUGACGCUCAACUAACUUUAAGUUUCGGUCGUAGAUAUGGUUUGGUUGGUCAGAACGGUAUUGGUAAAUCUACCCUAUUGAGAGCUUUGUCCAGAAGAGAAUUGAAUGUCCCAAAACAUAUUUCUAUCUUACAUGUUGAACAAGAAUUGAGAGGUGAUGAAACAAAGGCCUUGCAAAGUGUCUUGGAUGCUGAUGUUUGGAGAAAACAAUUGUUAACUGAAGAAGUAAAGAUUAAUGAAAGAAUCCAAGAAAUCGAAAAGUUAAGUGACGAGUUUGAUGAAGAAAGUUUGGAAACUAGAAAGUUAGAAAAUGAACGUGAAGAUUUGGAAAAACAUUUAGAACAAAUUUCAGAAAAAUUAGUUGACAUGGAAUCCGAUAAAGCUGAAGCAAGAGCAGCUUCUAUCUUAUUCGGUUUAGGUUUCAGUGCAGAGGCACAACAACAACCAACUAAUUCUUUCUCCGGUGGUUGGAGAAUGAGAUUGUCAUUAGCCAGAGCUUUAUUCUGUCAACCAGAUUUACUAUUAUUAGAUGAACCAACCAAUAUGUUGGAUGUUCCUUCUAUCGCCUACUUAUCAGAAUAUUUAAAGACAUACCCAUCAACCGUAUUGACAGUUUCGCAUGACCGUGCAUUCUUGAAUGAAGUUGCUACCGAUAUUAUUUAUCAACAUAACGAAAGAUUAGAUUACUACAGAGGUCAAGACUUUGAUUCAUUCUACGCUACAAAAGAAGAACGUAGAAAGAAUGCUCAAAGAGAAUACGAAAACCAAAUGGCAUACAGAAAGCAUUUACAAGAAUUUAUUGAUAAAUACAGAUAUAAUGCUGCCAAAUCUCAAGAAGCUCAAUCGAGAAUUAAGAAGUUGGAAAAACUACCUGUAUUGGAGCCACCUGAAGAAGAAAGAAGUAUUAGUUUCAAAUUUCCAGAAUGUGAGAAAUUAUCUCCACCUAUCAUCCAAUUACAAGAUGUUAGUUUCGGUUACAAUGAAAAGAAUUUACUUCUUGCGGACGUUAAUUUAGAUGUUCAAAUGGAUUCUAGAAUUGCUCUUGUUGGUGCUAACGGUUGUGGUAAGACUACAUUAUUAAAGGUUAUGAUGGAGCAAUUGAGACCAUUAAAAGGUUAUGUUUCACAAAACGGUAGAUUGCGUAUUGGUUACUUUACACAACACCAUGUUGACUCUCUAGACUUAACCAAAUCAGCUGUAGACUGGAUGUCCACUGCAUAUCCUGGUAAGACUGACGAAGAAUAUAGACGUCAUUUAGGUGCUUUCGGUAUCACUGGUUCUUUAAGUUUACAAAAGAUGCAAUUAUUAUCUGGUGGUCAAAAAUCUCGUGUUGCCUUUGCUGCAUUGUGUUUGAACAAUCCUCAUAUCUUAAUUUUAGAUGAACCUUCUAACCAUUUGGAUACUUCUGGUAUUGAUGCAUUAGUUGACGCUAUGAAAAAAUUCACUGGUGGUAUCUUGAUGGUUUCGCAUGAUAUUUCUGUUAUCAGUAAUGUUUGUAAUGAAAUUUGGGUGUCUGAAAAUGGUACCGUCAAGAGAUUCGACGGUACUAUCUACGAUUACAGAGAUUAUAUCUUAUCAUCAGCAGAUUCUUCAGGUGUUGUUAAAAGACAUUAG